CAUUACCACUAUCCACCAAAUUAAGUUUCAUCUAGAAAGUGAGAGUUUGAAUCAUCAAAAUUUUCUUGCUUGAGAAAAAGAAAAAAAAUGGGAAGAGCUCCAUGUUGUGACAAAACAAGUGUGAAGAGAGGUCCAUGGUCACCAGAAGAAGACUCAAAACUCAAAGAUUACAUAGAGAAACAUGGCACUGGUGGGAAUUGGAUUUCUCUUCCUCAUAAAGCUGGUUUGAAGAGAUGUGGAAAAAGUUGUAGAUUGAGAUGGCUUAACUAUCUUAGGCCAAACAUUAAGCAUGGAGAUUUUUCUGAUGAGGAAGACAGAAUAAUUUGCAGUCUCUAUGUUAAUAUUGGAAGCAGGUGGUCAAUCAUAGCUGCACAAUUGCCAGGUAGGACAGACAAUGAUAUCAAGAACUAUUGGAACACAAAGUUGAAGAAAAAACUCAUGGCUUUACAUCACCCUAGAAAACCUUCAUUUCCACCCCCAUCUUCUUUCUUUGACUACUUCACUCAAACUCCAACAACAUCCUUCAAUGAUCUUCAAACCAUCUCACUUCUUUCAAACAACUAUCCAAACACAUCUUUCAACCCUUUUUACCAAAACCAAGAUUCCAUGAACCCUCACAUGCAAUAUAAUAAUACUUACCCUAUUAUCAAAGACAACAACAACAACAUGUUUAUGUUUGGAAGUGAAGGAAGUUGUAGUUCAUCUGAUGGAAGUUGCAAGGAAAUCAAGCAAGAAGAAAUUGGCUAUCAUCCUCAUCAUCAUCACAUGUCUAGUAUUGGAUUUGAUGAGUUCAACAAUAACAAUAACUUCAUGAUAAGUUCUAACAAUGGAAGUGUUGUUGGUCGUGAAACUUUGAACCAAUAUGAAGAAAAAUCAAGUGGAGUUGGAUAUAGUUACAAUAAUAAUACUAUUAGUCCAAGUCAAACAUUAACUCCAUUACUAGAUUAUGGUCUUGAAGAUAUUAAGCAUUUGAUUAGUAACAACAACAACAACAUCAACAAAGAUUUUAAUGUUGAGGAAGUUCAUAAGAAUGAAGAGAAUAAUGGUAUGUACUAUUACCAUUACUAGAGUCUAGAAGUGAAAUAAAAAUAUUUUGAGGUCAUGUGUUUUUGUUUUUAAUUAAUUUAAUGAAAUUAUGAAGGAAUAUUUGUUAUGAUGAUUAGUUUUAACUUUUAUUUAUGUUUUGUGCAUAUCUUCUUGUAAUGAUUAUAAACAAUGAUGUUACAUUUUUUGUAAGUAUAUUUUC